AUGGUCAAACCAACCCUCAGUGUGGAACGGCAUUGCUCAGAAUCGUCUUGUUUUGGCUGCUGUCUGUACGAUCAGUGGAUGAGUAGCAUCACUACCAACUUUCACGAGAAGGGAUUUGAAUCCUCAAACUGCAGCACAGCGACGGGUACGGCAAUUCGCAGAAUUUCUUUCCAAGGCACUCUACCCUAUCAGACCCUCGAUUUCACACAAGAUCGGCAACAACCAUGUACGAUGAAAAACAAAAGGAAUUCUUUCCUGCAGUCACAGAGACCUUUCGUGUUCCGGUUUACUGCAACAUUCGCGUUGUGA